CCUUCUAGAAACAUGUAAUAUUUAGUGCUCUUUCAAAUCAUCUAUCUAUAAACCAGAAAAAUUGUAAACUUGUGUUGAAUAUAUAAAUAUGCCCUAAAUGUGUCGAUAUGUCCGAAGAACCGCCAAAAAUACGUUUUAAAAAUACGCAAUAUAGCUAUAUUGAGCUAGGUGGAAAGAAACACAUAUUCAAAUCACUGAAACAAAUACUUUCUGUGGAGAAGACACAACAGUGGCCAGAGGGAACAAUGUCUUAUUCGGCGUUUAAUGCUCCACCCUCUUUGCGGCCACCUAAAAAGUAUUCGGACAUUUCCGGUUUGAUUGCACCGUACAUUGAUCCGCACACCAAGCUACGCUACGCCAACUCUGAAGAAUAUACCAUUGUAAAGACACUACCAUCUGAUAUUGUCGCUGGUUACUUAGCAUUGCGUGGUGCGAGCAGUAUUGUGGGCUAAAAUUUAUAGAAUUUAAAUAUAUUAUAUCUGCAUAAUGAUUAGAUUAAAUAGAAAUGUUAAGCUACUGUUUAAGAAACAAUCAUACGUAUUUGCAAAACUAGAAUGUAUCUGAAGACAGAUCGAAGCUCAAGAAUAUUCCAAAAUAUAUACAUUUGCUACUAUCAAAAUCAAA